CCUACUUCAGCGGCGAGCUCGCUCCUCCUCCCGCUCUCCAGCUGUCUCUCUGCUCUGCUCGACGCUCCUCUUGCUGGUUCUUGUUUCUUGGGUGCAUCGCUCUGGACUGGUGUUCACUCUCGCCCACGAACCUUUGAUUAAUUCUCUAAGCAUAACGAAGUGACAUGAUGCUACGUUCGCUCGCUCGUACGCGUAUCCACUCAUCUGUUUUGAGGACGAAGACGAGGGCUCCCGUCGUGAACGCCGCCGCACAGCGCAGGCAUGUAUCGCACUACAAUACGGACGUCGCGGGUCUGACGGAGGACCAGGCUGAGUUCCGGAACGCCGUGCAAGAGUUCGCGGAGAAGGAGGUCGCCCCUAGGGCGGCUGAGAUCGACAGAAGUAACACCUUCCCGAUGGACCUAUGGGAGAAGCUCGGAGACAUGGGCCUCCUGGGCAUAACCGCGAAGCCCGAAUACGGCGGGCUCGCGCUCGGCUACUUCAACCAUACGCUCGCGAUGGAGGAGCUCUCGCGCGCCUCCGGCUCCGUCGCGCUCUCGUACGGCGCGCACUCCAACCUCUGCGUCAACCAGAUCCACAGGUGGGGCACGGAGGCGCAGAAGCAGAAGCACCUGCCAGACCUCAUCGCGGGCAGGAAGGUCGGCAGUCUCGCGAUGAGCGAGCCCGGGAGCGGGAGUGACGUGAUCAGCAUGGCGCUCCGCGCGGAGAAGGUCGACGGUGGCUGGCGGCUGAACGGGAACAAGUUUUGGAUCACGAACGGCCCGACCGCGUCGACGCUGGUGGUAUACGCCAAGUCGGCGCCGGAGAAGGGCUCGAAGGGGAUCACGACGUUCAUCGUCGAGCGCGGCUUCGCCGGGUUCUCGACGCACCAGAAGCUGGACAAGUUUGGGAUGCGCGGGAGCGAUACGUGCGAGCUCGUGUUUGAGGAUUGCUUUGUGCCCGAUGAGAACGUCCUUGGCCCGGUGGGCGGCGGCGCGAAGGUCCUGAUGUCCGGCCUUGACCUUGAGCGACUCGUCCUGAGCGGCGGGCCGCUGGGGCUCAUGCAAGCAGCGUUCGACAUCGCCGUCGAGUAUGUCCACGACCGGAAGCAGUUCGGCCAGCCAGUCGGCGAGUUCCAGCUCAUGCAAGGGAAGAUCGCGGACAUGUACACGAAGCUGAACGCGUCCCGAUCAUACGUCUACGCGGUCGCGAAAGCCUGCGACGCGGGCAAGGUCAGCCGAAGAGACUGCGCUGGCGCGAUUCUCUACUCGUCGGACCGUGCCGUCGAGGUAGCACAGGAUGCAAUGCAGUGUCUCGGAGGGAAUGGCUACAUUAACGAUUACCCCACCGGCCGCAUUCUCCGCGAUGCCCGUCUGUACACCGUGGGCGCUGGGACACAGGAGAUACGGCGGAUGCUCAUCGGACGGGAGUUCAACGAGGAGUUCAGGCGGCGCGCGUCAUGAAUGCUUGAUCGUUUGAACGUUUGACCGCAGGAGGUGUCGUAGCGAGACUACGACGCGGAUCGUAUUGUAUGUAUCAUAGCUAACGGGAUGUCUGCAAGUCUCCCUCGUGCAAGACCA